AUGACCGGCGAUAUGCCUUUAGGGAGCGCGCACGCGUUCGGGCGUGCGUUGCUCCGGGAUGGGGCGCUGCCGCCGCUGGAGCCCGGGCCGCCCGCUCCGCCCGCGACCAACGCGCAGCCGCCCGACAAGCGCCCACCGGCCGCUGCUGCAAGUCCCGAGCAGGUCAUGAAGCUCUACAUGAACAAACUUACCCCCUACGAACAUAGAGAGAUAUUCGAUUACCCCCAAGUGUACUUUAUAGGCGCGAACGCAAAGAAACGACCUGGCUUGGUCGGCUUUCCUAAUAACUGCCAGUACGACAAUGAGCAAGGCUCCUACAUCCACAUACCACAUGACCACAUCGCGUAUCGCUAUGAGGUACUGAAAGUGAUCGGUAAGGGUAGUUUUGGCCAAGUAGUAAAGGCGUACGACCACAAGAAGCGAGAGAACGUUGCACUGAAAAUGGUCAGGAAUGAGAAACGUUUCCACAGGCAGGCUCAAGAGGAGAUUCGUAUAUUGGAGCACCUCAGGGAACAAGACAAAGAUAACACGAUGAAUGUGAUACACAUGUUCGAUUCGUUUACGUUUAGAAAUCACACAUGUAUAACGUUUGAAUUGCUAUCCAUAAACCUGUACGAGUUGAUAAAGAAGAAUAAGUUCCAGGGUUUCUCUUUGCAACUCGUCCGCAAGUUUUCACACAGCCUGUUACAAUGUUUGCACGCGUUGAACAAAAACCGAAUUAUACACUGCGAUAUGAAGCCCGAAAAUGUGCUGCUGAAGCAACAGGGACGCUCCGGAAUUAAGGUUAGAUACAUUUAUUUUAUCAUACUAGUAAACAAAUAA